AUGGCAAUAGGAGACUUUAAUGCAGUAUUGGGGGCUCAUGAGGCCAAGAAUGGGAGUAUCCCUACGCGUUCAUCUUGUGAGGAUUUUCGCGAUGCCACAGAACGAUGUCAUUUCACCCAUCUUGAUACUUCAGGGGCUUUCUUUACAUGGUCUAAAGGGCGCGGUCGGAAGCACUUGGAACGACGGCUUGAUCGCUCCUUAUGUGAUGAUGGCUGGUUUGAGGCUUGGCCAUUUACCAACUGUACAGCUCUUCCCCGAGUGGUUUCGGAUCAUAAUGGUUUACUUUUUUCAGCUGGUAAGUCUGUACCAGGGGGUCCUAAACCUUUUCGUUUCCAAUCUAUGCGGCUUCUCCACUCUUCUUUCAAGGAGUUGGUGGCGAAUUGUUGGUCGGCCACCAGGCCAGCUGGUUGUCCCAUGUAUGUGACGCUACAAAAAUUAAAGGCCUUGAAGUUAUGCCUUAAGCAAUGGAACAACACGGUAUUUGGGAAUGUUCAUAGAAACUUGGAGUUGGCCCGUGCUAAGUUGACUGCUAUUCAACAAGAUAUUGCUUCUCAUGGUUCUACUGAUAUUAACUUUGAGGCUGAAGUUCUUGCAAAGGCCGAUGUUCUUAAUGCGGUUAAGCAUCAGGAGACUUUUUGGAGGGACAGAGCUCGUGUUAAAUGGUUUACCGAGGGGGAUAAAUGCUCAAAUUUUUUCCAUGCUUAUGCCCGCAAUAAGGCAAGGCGCUCUUCAAUGCUUUGCUUACAGGUUGGGGGAAAUCUUCUUACUGAUCCACAAGAUAUUGCUAAUCAUGUUGUUGAGUUUUAUAAAUCGUUAUAUGCUACAGAUGUUGCUCCAAGUGGUGUAGUUGAUUUCUGCAAGGUCAUUCCCUCCUUCGUUUCUGAGGAUGAUAAUUCAGUUUUGGUUUCUAUUCCCACUGCAGAAGAGAUUCGACAUGUUGUUUUCUCUAUGGACCCUUCUAGUUCUCCUGGUCCAGAUGGUUUUCCCGGCUCCUUUUACCAAAGUUGCUGGGAUAUUGUUGGUAAUGAUGUUAUUGGCUUUGUGCAAUUCUUUUUCCAACAAAAUUGGUUAUAUCCAAAUGCUAAUUCUAACUUCAUUGUGUUAAUUCCGAAGACGGAAGGGGCGAAUAUGAUCUCUCAAUUCAGGCCAAUUGCUUUGGCCAAUUUUUUAUUUAAGAUCAUUCCAAAAAUUAUGGCAGAUCGUUUGGGUCCUAUAGCUUCACGUAUUGUUUCAGCUCAUCAGAUUGCCUUUCUUAAAGGCCGUCGUAUUGCAGAUUGCAUUGGCCUUGUUUCUGAGGGCUUCAAUCUAUUGGAUAGGAAAAUCUACGGAGGUAAUGUGGGCAUUAAAGUUGAUAUUGCCAAAGCAUUUGAUACUCUUCACUGGCAGUUCCUUUUUCAGGUCUUAGAGAGGUUUGAGUUCUCCUCAAGAUUCAGAAAUUUAAUUCAGACUAUUUUAAAUUCUGCUAAGCUGUCUGUCUUGAUUAAUGGGACGCCACAAGGUUUUUUUUCUUGUGCUCGAGGGGUAAGACAAGGGGAUCCUCUAUCUCCUUUAUUGUUCUGCAUUGCGGAAGAAGCACUAAGUCGAGGACUGUCCUCUCUUUUUGAUGCUCGAAAGAUCAAACCUAUUUCUAUGCCGAGGAGUUGUCUAAUUACUCAUGUGCUCUAUGAUGAUGAUCUUUUUAUUUUCUGUCGAGGGGAUAUAUUUUCUCUUCACCGUUUGCAACUCUUUCUGGAUGAGUAUGGUGCUGCUUCAGGUCAGAUAGUAAAUAAAGAGAAGAGUACUUUUUAUACUGGUGACAACUAUUCUCAUUGGCGUAGGGUUAUCAAACGUUUAUUGGGCUUCAAGUUAGGUACUACUCCACUUACUUAUCUGGGUGUUCCUAUAUUCAAGGGGAAGCCUCGACGUAUACACCUUCAAGCAAUUGCUGAUAAGGCUAAAUCUCGUCUUGUUGGCUGGAAGGUUUGUGUGCCAAAGAAGGAGGGGGGCCUUAGGCUACGUGAUCUCAAGUCUCUUAACUUGGCAGCUCUGCUAUCUCUUAGUUGGUCUACUCUCACAUCGGGUUCAAUAUGGAGCAGCUAUGCAUCUCAACGGUUUUCUAUUUGCUGCAAUAUGAAAUAUCGAUAUUUUAGGUCCUCGGUUUGGCAUGGUUUAAAGGCAGCUCUUCCUUUCAUUUUCCAUAACUCCAAGUGGCUUAUUGGUGAUGGAAAGUUCGUGAAUUUAUGGAUGGACAAGUGGUUGAAUGCCCCCUUAAUUGUAAAAUUACAGGCUCCGAAUUUUCCCAAACGUUUGAUGAGUAAGGUGGAAAAUUUUAUUACUAAUCAGCAAUGGACCUUGCCCAAUGAAUUUUCAAUUUUGUUUCCGGUUUUGGCGGCUGAAAUUCUUCAAAUCCCACUACCAAUUGAACCAGAAAAUGAUGUAUUAAUUUGGGUGCCUUCAAGCUCAGGUUCUUUCUCUUUUUCUGAUGGAUACCAUCUAGUCCGACAAUCAUUUUCGGAAGAUGAGUGCGUUUCUAAGGUUUGGCAUUCUUUCAUUCCACCACGGUUAUCUUUAUUGGCAUGGCGCCUUUCCUAUGAUAAACUACCUACUGAUGUGCAGCUUCAAGAACGGGGUAUCCCAAUAGUGUCUGUUUGCCAGCUUUGUACUUUUGGCUAUAUUGAGGAUUCUACUCACUUAUUUGUCACUUGCUCGUUUGCGCAACAUGUUUGGCAAUGGCUAGCAUGCUGUUUUAGGACUUUCUUACCGACUAGUGGCACUAUUGGUGGGUUAUUUACCUCCAUUAUUGGCAAGUCUUUCUCUCCCCAACUAAAAAAUAUUUGGCUUGCUAGUUGUCUCUAUGCUCUUAUGGCUAUAUGGAAAGCUCGCAAUAAGCUUAGAUUUGAGGACAAGCGCCCUUCCCUCAUGCGAAUUUUUAGCUCUCUCAAGGUUUGGCUUCGCUUUGCUGCUCCUUACAUGCCAGGUUAUUCGAAUGGUUUGGUUGACACUCAGUUGUUGGUUGGGUUGGGUAUUCAACCUAUUCCUAAAAAUCGAGUAGCGCCGCGGUUAGUUCUUUGGCACCCUCCAAUUUUUCCUUGGAUUAAGUUGAAUACUGAUGGUCUUGCAAAGGGUAAUCCAGGACCUGCAGCUUGUGGUGGUGUGUUUCGUGACACCCAUGGUCAUUACAUUGGCGGUUACUGUCAAGGAUUGGGACACAAAUCUGCCUUCUACGCGGAGCUUAUGGGUGUGAUCAUUGGGAUUGAAUAUGCCUUCCAGUAUGGUUGGCGAUGCCUCUGGCUUGAAUGUGAUUCGACUAGUGUAAUUGCAUGCAUCAAAUCCUCAUCUUUUGUUCCACCUUGGCCGAUUCGAAUUGCAUGGCUUACUUGCUUAGCACGUAUUAGAGCAAUGACCUUUCAUUGUUCCCAUAUUCUUCGGGAAGGAAAUACGGUGGCUGAUAGAAUGACAAACAUGGGCUUACUUUCUCCAUCCCUGGUAUAG